CAUGCGCUCCGACGGCCCGGCGAUGGCGGCGCCGGAGGACCCCUUGAGGAAGCGGAAGGCUGGGGUCGUGGGCCCGGCGCCUGAAUCUCCGCCAGGGCCGGGGCGCGACCCCGCGGGCUGCCCUGCCCGCCUCCGCGCGGGCACCUUCUGGCUGACCAGGAUCGUGCUCCUGAAGGCCCUCGCUUUCGUUUACUUUGUGGCAUUCUUGGUGGCCUUCCAUCAGAACAAGCAGCUGAUUGGAGACACGGGACUGCUGCCCUGCAGAGUGUACCUGAGGAGUGUGCAGCAGCACUUCCGUGGGCAAGUCAGCUGGGAGACCGUGAGCUACGCCCCCACCGUCCUCUGGCUGCUGGACUGGUCUCACAUGGACUUCAACCUGGACGCGCUGGCUCUUCUCGGGCUGGGCAUCUCCUCUUUCAUCCUGGUCUCCGGCUGUGCCAAUAUGGUUCUCAUGGCUGCUCUCUGGGUCCUCUACAUGUCCCUGGUCAACGUGGGGCAGAUCUGGUAUUCAUUUGGUGACAGGGCCUGCCCAUGGGCAGCGAGGAGGACGCCAGGAACCAUGUCCAUCAGUGUGGGGAAGCUCUUGAGAGCUGUGGGAUGGGAGUCCCAGCUUCUGGAGACGGGCUUCCUGGGGAUUUUCCUGUGCCCUCUCUGGACUCUGUCUCCAUUGCCCAGGGGGACCCCCACGUCCCGGAUCGUCCUGUGGGGCUAUCGGUGGCUGAUUUUCAGAAUCAUGCUCGGAGCGGGCCUGAUCAAGAUCCGGGGGGACCAGUGCUGGCGGGACCUCACCUGCAUGGACUUCCACUACGAGACGCAGCCGGUGCCCAACCCCGUGGCCUACUUCUUGCACCACUCCCCAUGGUGGUUCCACCGCUUCGAGACCCUCAGCAACCACUUCCUGGAGCUCGUGGUGCCCUUCUUCGUCUUCCUCGGACGGCAGAUGUGCAUCCUCCAUGGGGCCCUACAGAUCCUGUUCCAGAUGGUCCUCAUCAUCAGUGGGAAUCUGAGCUUCCUGAACUGGCUGACCAUCGUGCCCAGCCUCGCCUGCUUCGAUGAUGCCACUCUGGGCUUCCUGUUUCCCUCGGGGCCCGGCUGCCUCAAGGACCAAGUCCUGAGGAUGCAGGAGGAGGAAGCUCGAGGGGCCAGGGCCCCACGGACACACGGCAGCGUGGCACGGCACACAGUCAACCUGGCGCUGGGCGUCCUGGUCGCCUGGCUCAGCGUCCCUGUGGUCCUCAACUUGCUCAGCCCCCGGCAGGUCAUGAACAGCUCCUUCAACCCUCUCCGGAUCGUCAACACAUAUGGGGCCUUUGGCAGCAUAACCAAGGAACGCACGGAGGUCAUCCUGCAGGGCACCGCCAGCCCCAAUGCCAGCGCGCCAGACGCCAAGUGGGAGGACUACGAGUUCAAGUGCAAGCCCGGUGACCUGAAGCGGCGGCCAUGCCUCAUCUCCCCGUACCACCACCGCCUGGACUGGCUUAUGUGGUUCGCUGCCUUCCAGACCUACGAGCACAACGAGUGGAUCAUCCACCUGGCAGGCAAGCUCCUGGCCAAUGACGCCCAGGCCCUAUCCCUGCUGGCCCUUAACCCCUUCGCAGGCAGGGCACCGCCCAGGUGGGUCCGGGGAGAGCACUACAGGUACAAGUUCAGCCGCCCUGGGGGCACACACGCCGCUGAGGGCAAGUGGUGGAUCCGGAAGAGGCUCGGCCCCUACUUCCCCCCGCUCAGCUUUCAGGACCUGAAGGGUUACUUCAGGUCACGGGAGUGGCCGUACCCCAAACCCGAAUAGAGGUGGCCCAGGGCUUGUGCCCCAAGAAAUAAAGUGGGAAGACCGCGGGCUGGCUGCUCUGAGUGGGGUCUCCACAAGGACAUCCAGGGAAGCUGACCCGGAGAGGAGGGGCUGCCAGGGUCCUGGGUGGUCGUCUGUGCUUUCCUAUCUCCCCACAGUCAGUCCCUGUGGUUCCCAAGUCUCUUCACUUUGGGUUCGUCAGAGGAAUCCCCAGAAAGCCCCCAGCCCCGCUCCACCCAGAUCGCGCCCCUUGUCACCAGGCACCCCCCCGCCCCAGACACCAGCAUCCCGAUGCUGCACCCAGCUCUGGUCUGUCCCAGGACCACCUGCCCAUGCGGCCAAGAAGAAAGCCUGCCUCUCCUCUCUGCUCCCCCAAGCGGGUCCCCACCACGUCCAGGAGGGUCUUGCGCGAGGAAGUAGUCAGGGCUCCCUCUCAGAACCCACAUGCGCCCACAUAUGCUCUUCUCCACAGUGACCAGCGCCCGAAGGUGUGGACAGAGGGCCUCUGUCCUCCUUGGGUGGGCCACCCCCACCAGCCCUGAGUGAGGCGCCUCCUCCCCUCCUUUGUGACCACGUUGCCCAGUCUCACACCUGGAGCCUCCUGCUCCCUGACCUAGGGUGGGAGGACGGGACAGCAGGGUGGUCAGCCCCAGCCUGGGCGCCGGGGUCCCCAGGGCAGCGAUUCUGAGGCCCAGUCACUGCAGGUUGAACUGUAUUAAUGGUGUGUUGCUUGGCAACCCUACUGGGCUGUGGCCCAGAACCUCUACAGCCUGAUGUCAGCGGUGAGUGGACACCCACCUGCCCCCCACCAUCCGGGGCGCCUGCCGCGCUGUGGAGGGAAUGAGGUGGUUCAGGCUAGGGGGCCAGGCUGAGGUGGGCACAAGUGUGGAUCUGUGUGGAGGCCU